GAAGACAAUGCUCGGACGACAGAGGGUGGGAAAAAAGCAAAGCAGGAGUAGUCCCGUUUUCAACAACACAAUGGAGCUUAAAUUGACAAAUACGCUUGCCUGGCGACUCGUACUGACCGGAUUUGUCUUAUGUGUUCUAUCAGUCUUAAAACCGACACUGGCAGUCGAGGUCUACACUGAAUCAGAAGUGGUCGUGGAGAACGGGACCGCGGUAGUCCUGCGCUGCACGUUCAAGUCCAGCGAGGUGGUGAACAGCAACAUGGCCGUGACCUGGAGCUUCCAGUCCAGCCAGCCCGACACUAAGUUCUCCAAAGCGCCAUACGGGAUCUUCUACUUUUACAAAGGCACCACAUUCCCGGGGCCGAUAGAGUUCAAAGACAGAGUGGAAUUCAUCGGCGACAUCAACAAAAAGGACGUCUCGAUACGACUGAACCCGGCCCAGUUCAGUGACAACGGAACCUACUUCUGCGACGUGAAGAAUCCGCCUGACAUCUCGGGGACGUCCGCUCGGACAGAGCUGCAGGUGGUCUCGAGAGAGUCUCUCCCUCGGAGCAACACCCACAUCAUUGUCGGAGCAGUCUGUGGUGCUUUGUUCCUGCUGGUGCUCAUCCUCGUCGGCGUAUGCAUCGUCAUGAAGGUGCUUCACAACCGCCACGAUUACGAAGGCUGUAUAACCUUGGAAAGCACGCGCUCUCCGCCUCCGCCGCCCAUAAAGAAGGCGGAACCAAAGCUGGAGAGCCCCAGGAGUACCAGCCCCUCGGGUCAAGUCCAGGUAGGAGCCGCGGGACCAAUGCAUACCGGCCCGGUGAUAUACGUCCAAUUGGAUCACUCAGGCAGCAAAAACUCCUUCCACAAAAUGGAACCGGUGGUCUACGCUGACAUUCGCAAAAACUGAAAUGGACUGGGGAGCGGCGGGAAAAAGAGAAUAAAACACACAGUAAAGUAUCAGACCUCCUCUAUCAGCUGCUCUCGGGAAGGGUGGGCCUCUUUAUCAUACAGGGACGCUUUUAUUUGAAUUGUUUGUGUGUGUUUUGGUUUCUCUGUAAGCAUGACGCCUAUUUUCUUGAUGUGCUUUAAUGCAGACUCCAUACUUUAACAGGACAAAAAAAGCUCAUGCUAAUGCAACCAAGUGGCCCAACUUCUUAUACUGCAGCAUGCACAGAAUUUUCCAGAACAUUUCAACAUUCCUUCUUGCACUAAGCAGUGGCAGUUAGUGCAAAUACGACAAACAAUCGGCUGAUUGCAGAACAAUAAGGGAUGGGUAUGCAGCAAAGUUGGUGUAUCAUUUAUUUAUGCUUCUAUUUAUUACACAAGGCAGAAAAUACUUCAAUGUGUUAAGAAAGAAUGAGGACAUUUGGCCCUGGGUGAAAUGUCACCCUCUGCUGGUUUUAAACAUAUCAACAUAUCAAUGCAGAUGACGCUUUUAACAACGUGCUUUUGUAGCAGUACAUGCCCUCUCUAUGUCACAAGGCACAAGAUAGUCUCCAUACGCACUGCAGGGUAUGAUGCCCAAUUUGGAUAUUUGGUUUUUAUGUGCUCAUUCACCUUACCAAAAAAUGCAGCUGCUUGAUGUGAUCGCAAAGCGUCUGCAAAGUGACAUGAGCACGACUACACUCCAUACCUAGUACCAUCUUUAAAAUUGGGGUUUAGCUUUGGAAACAGUAUCUCUGGAUUGGCAGACCGGGGUGGUGGUCCCCCCUUUUCAAGAAGGGUGACCGGGGGUGUGUUCCCACUCCUCAGCCUCCCUGGGAAGGUCUAUUCCAGGGUAGGACCGUUGAUCCAACCUCGGCUACAGGAGGUGCAAUGUGGUUGUAGUCCCGGUUGCAGAACACUGGACCAACGCUACACCAUGGCCGUUUGGCCAAGCGGUCUACAUGUGCCUUGUAGACUGACCUGGAAAAGGCAUUUGACCGGGUCCCUCGCCGUGUUCUGUGGGGGGUGCUCUGGGAGUACGGGAUUGGUCACAUUGUACUUACACGUGCCAAAUUGGGGGCUUUCUAACACAGUCGGUGUAUGCGGUCACCAAACAAAUGACUAAUUAGUCACAGCACCACCAACCAAAAAAUGAUGCAGUUAAUUUGUAAGUGUGAGAGUGUAGACCUUUUCUGUUCAUUUAAAUGACAUGUGGUGCCCUCUGCUGGUCGUUGCCAAGAAGUGAAACGGAUUGAGAUGAGUUUAAUGAUAAAAAACCAACCAACUGGAAGCCCACAUGAUGGAAGCGAAUGAUUCAUACCCAUCCCUUAACAUAUCUGCAAGAAAUUCACUUGUUUACUUUGGUGGCCAAAAAGGAAACACUAUUUCCUUCUUCUGGAAGUGUUCUUUGUGGUGCUGCAUUCAGGUACAGUUGGAACUCAAAGAAACAAAUUCGAUUUUCUGACUCAGCAUUGUUUUUUUUUUUUUUGGUUUUGUUUUUUUUUUUCUGGGUCUGGUUUGUAAGUCCUCGGCACGGGAACCAUCUUGUAUGCAUGCAGCCAUCAGGAAGCUCCGCCUCCCCUUACAGCGAUGAUGGUAACGUUAAUGUGAACGCACGUUGUGUACCCUUCCAGCAUGUUGCUGUGCUAGCUUGUUUUCAAUGUUCUCCUCAGUGGAACAGUUCUCUGGUUGAUCAAAUAUGUCAGAAAAUAUUGUUUUUUUCCUCUUUUUGCAUGUUCCACUGAGGGGAGAAUCUAAAGGCGGGUGCUGAUGUUGUGGGGGGAAGAAAUACUGAAACACUGUUUGCAUGCAAUCUACUAACAUGAUCAUUAGCACUACUCGUGUUGAUAUGAACAAAAGACAAUAACUGGCCACUUACGUCGUUCACCACUUGUGUUCCAGCUUGACAAUGCAUUCCCUUUUCUUAUGUACGCCAUGUUGAAGCAUUUAAAGCCAAAUUCCUUUUCUUAAUGUGAAUUAUGUAUACGUGUGUGUGUCCAAACUGCCUUCAUGUCGACAUCCCCGAUGCAGUAAAUGUCCAAGUUGACAGUAUUUGUACAGAAAACACUCGUUGUUGUAAAGUAGUGCUCUUUACUGUAAUUGGCUCAUUCCAUCUCUUUAUUUUGACCCCAUCACCCUCGGUCUUAAUGCUUGCAGACUGUAACACACCGAGGCUUUGAUGCGACUUCACGGCAAUUCAUUCCAGUUGGCUUGUGGCCACGCCCCCCUCCACGAUGUCACCUUAAGGGACUAGUAAGCCACUAGCGGAGAAAAGCAGAGGCAAGAUGGAAAAUAAGAUACUGUUGUAGUCUCUGCUCUCUGGUUAGUGUAGAGUUAAAAAAAAAAAACAUUAACAACCGAUUAACAGCAGUGGCUGUAGGCAACCACCUGCACGUUAAGAAGAGCUAUCAAUAACUUUUAGCUUUGAGGGUCGGGUGGUAGGUUCACAUCUCCAUCAUAGAUUGAUGCUUCAGAAGGCGGAAAAUAUAUUGCAAUUUUGCAUGAAUGGAUGGUGGGUGGGGGGUGUUAGCAUAGCAUUAUGCUAUGUCCAGGUUGUAUUGAUGUCGUAACACUUCACUCUGCAGGCACCGCCGUCUCCCAUGUGUGUUUUUCAUGUCUUUAUCUGUUUUUUUGCGCGUUAGCAGGAUGCUACGCCUCGUUGCCAAAAAUCACAAAUGAUUUCUUGUUUGUUUGUUUUGUUUUGUUUUAAACUGCUAGUUGCUCCGCUCCUGAUUGUGACUGGUGGCCGUGUGUAGUCGUGCUGUUGUACGAGUUGUAGUGAUGUAAACUAUAAAUUAUAAGAAAAAUUCCAAAGUCGUAAAGACUCUUUAACAGUGCUCUCGUCUUGCUAAAUAGUUCAUAUAUAUAUAUAUAUAUAUAUAUAUAUAUAUAUAUAUAUACACUAGUGUGUUUUUGGUGAUUUGUUUGCUAUGUUGUAAAAAGAAGAAAAAGAAAGAAAGAAAGAAAAUAUCUGCACUACGUCUUGACUAGAGAAGACAAAAAGGUGAUGUUUCCCAUCCGAAUGAUCCUGGCCUCUGUUAAAAAAGAAAAACUGGAAUGUUGUACAUUUAGUGCCUUUUGCAUUUCAUCAGCUAACUUGAACAUCUGCUUUAAAGAUAGAAAAGAUAAGAUUCAUUUAUUUUUCCUUUUAUUGUAUGUAUUUUUUUAUAAACAUAGUAGCCAUUCUGUAUCCACUUGUUCAAAUUUUAUAUAAAACUAUUUCUGGCCAUA